AUGAGUGAAUCAGAUUCUGCUACUCCAACCUCAAAUAGUUCUGAUAAUGAUUCUAAAGUAAACAAUAAUGGUGAAGAUAAUAAUAACGAAGCCUCAACUACUAGUGAUAAUCUUUCUCCUACCAAUGAAAUUAAAAGAUUAUCAUCAGCUAGUGCUGCAACAACGACACAAAUUGCACCCGCUAAAACUGACAUCACAUCUACUGAAACUACCACCAAUGAUACCGUUACUGCUACUGGAGACGUAGAUAAAGCAACCAUUAAUUCAUCUAACAACACAAAGGCAUUUGAUGCUAUACCAAAAUCAUCAACAGAUGAUAAAUCUGCCGUUGAAUCAUCCGAUUGUGUUGUAAAAACUGAAGAAAUAUGGACUAGUAAUAAUAGUUCAACUUAUCCCUUUGGUCCUUACCCUCCAAAACCAACAAAAACUUACGAAAAUCAUACUUUGGAUCCUGUUCUUUUCAAUGAUCCUUCAAUGAAAUUAACUCCUGUAGCUGCUGCCUCGACUACUACUGCUCCAGUGAACUAUUAUGGUCAAUCUCCGAUUGGUUUGGCUCCACAUGAAACUGCUAAUUAUGCAAUGGCUCCAACACCACAAGAAUAUGCAUCGAUUGCUGCUUUGAAUGGCGGUGCAAGUUUUACUGUAACAAAUGAUAAACCACAAACAAUAUCCCCAAGAGUAUCCUCUCCUCAAGCUAUGAUGACCACCUUUAAUUCAAGAACUAUUUCAUCAACUCCCAAAAGAUAUAAAUGUGACAUUUGUCAAAAAAGAUUUACAAGACCAAGUUCUCUACAAACACAUAUGUAUAGUCAUACUGGUGAAAAACUAGAAGGAUGUGGACGUCACUUUUCAGUUGUCAGUAAUCUUCGUCGUCACCAAAAAAUUCAUGGGAAUAAUAAUGAUGCAUCACCUAAUGUGACUAAUGUGACACCUUCCACAACUUAA